AUGGUUAAGUUGGAGCUGCGGGAGUUUGCCGAGGCAACACGGCGAAUGGUGCAGCUCAGUGGCGUUAAGAAGUCCCGUUUGAUGCUACGCGCGCGGCCCAACAGCGGUCGGAGGACAUUUGUGCUGAAGUCGACGGAUGGCCGAACGACUCUCACGACGCGGGUGACGCAUCAAGGGGAGUUGAAGAUCGUUGAGGGUAUCGUGAAUGACUUCGUUGGGAGCUGCACCGCCGCCGUAGCGUCGCCAGGCGGAGGGAAACCAACACUGCCGGCCCCGUCACUCAUCCCCACGCCCGCCCCGGGCAAACAGGCGGAUGGUGGCACGGGCGGCAACAGCGGCAGCAACCUGCAGCCCGCCUCCUCAGGGGGAAAGGGCGGUAGCAAACAAGGAGGGAAAUCCGCCGGCGGAGGUACAAACGCCAACCAACAGCAACAACAACAGCAGCAUGGAAGCAAGAAGCGGAAGGGUGGACGUCGAUAG